AUGUCAAGUGAUGAACAACAGCAUCAAAGAUCAUCAUCAACCAGGAAUUCUUCUUCACCAAAUAUUUUAACAAUGCUUCUCCCAAUUUCACCACCCCAGUUCCCUCACCAUCACCAGCCACCAUUUUUCUUCAACAAACAAGCUGCUUCUUCAUCGAAUUUGAUGAAGCCAAACUUCCAUUUACUCGCAACAAAUACUUCAGCAGCAGCAACCCAUUGGGCUAAUCAGCUUCAGACCUCCAUUUCCACUUGUGCUGAUAAGUUGUUUACAAUGCUCCACAUUUUGGCUUCCAAAAAUCCCUUUUUGAGCAGACUCCUCUCUUUCUCUUCUCAUCAACUCCAAAGUUUCAGCUCCAAGAUUCCUUUCCAAAAAUAUGGAACAACGAAUACCCUGCUCCAUCACAAUUUUGCGGCUAUAUUACCGGGUGAUUCGGUUGCUGGUAUUGUGGCUACGAAUGGAAUCCUCAAUUUCUUGAACAUCUACAACACAGUAUUAGUUGUCAGGCUUGUUUUGACAUGGUUCCCGAAUGCCCCUCCAGCUAUUGUUAGCCCCCUCAGCACCAUAUGUGAUCCAUACUUGAACAUAUUCCGCGGCAUCAUUCCACCACUUGGAGGAACUCUGGACCUAUCGCCUAUACUAGCAUUCCUUGUCCUUAAUGCUUUUACUAGUGCAGCUGCUGCGCUUCCAGCUGAACUUCCCCCAGCUUCAGGAGUUUCUCAAAAUCUCCCGUCUGAUCCAAUGGAAUUACAUACAACCAUGUCUCAGAGGAAAUGGAUGAGAAGACUUGCUGGUGGGAAGCCAAAAGCUUCAUGA